GGCCCUUUCCGUCCAGAUGCUGGAGGAGACGCAGACGCAGGACCAGCCCAUGGAGGAGGAGGAGGUGGAGACGUUCGCCUUCCAGGCAGAGAUCGCGCAGCUCUUGUCCCUGAUCGUCAACACUUUCUACUCCAACAAAGAGAUCUUCCUGCGGGAGCUCAUCUCCAACUCGUCUGACGCGCUGGAUAAGAUCCGCUACGAGAGCCUGACGGACCCCAGCAAGCUGGACUCGGGGAAGGAGCUGCACAUCAACCUCCUCCCCAACAAGCAGGACCGCACGCUCACCAUCGUGGGCACGGGCAUCGGCAUGACCAAGGCUGACUUCAUCAAUAACCUGGGCACCAUCGCCACGUCCGGCACCAAGGCCUUCAUGGGGGCGCUGCAGGCAGGCGAAGACAUCUCCAUGAUCGGCCAGUUUGGGGUCGGCUUUUAUUCGGCCUACUUGGUGGCAGAGAAGGUGACGGUCAUCACCAAGCACAAGUAUGCCUGGGAGUCCUCUGCAGGCGGCUCCUUCACGGUCCGGACCGACGUAGGUGAACCUAUGGGCCAGGGGACAAAGGUCAUUCUUCAUCUGAAAGAGGACCGGACCGAGUACUUGGAGGAGAGGAGGAUCAAGGAGAUCGUCAAGAAACACUCCCAGUUCAUCGGCUACCCCAUGACUCUCUUCGUGGGGAAGGAACGUGACAAAGAGGUCAGUGACGAUGAGGCUAAAGAGAAAGAAGACAAAGAGGAGGAGAAAGAAGAGGAGGAAAAGGAGUCAGAUGACAAGCCUGAGAUCGAAGAUGUUGGGUCUGAUGAAGAGGAGGAGGAGGAAAAGAAGGAAGGUGACAAGAAGAAGAAAAAGAUCAAGGAGAAGUACAUCGAUCAAGAAGAAGUCAACAAAACGAAGCCUAUUUGGACCCGGAACCCAGAUGAUAUCACUAAUGAGGAGUUCGGCGAGUUCUACAAGAGCCUGACCAACGACUGGGAGGACCACCUGGCAGUGAAGCACUUCUCCGUCGAGGGCCAGUUGGAGUUCAGAGCCCUGCUUUUCGUCCCGAGACGCGCUCCCUUUGACCUUUUUGAAAACCGAUAGAAAAAGAACAACAUUAAGCUGUACGUUCGCAGGGUUUUCAUCACGGAUAACUGUGAAGAGCUGAUCCCCGAGUACCUGAAUUUCAUUAGAGGUGUGGUGGAUUCCGAGGAUCUCCCUUUAAAUAUUUCCCGGGAGAUGCUGCAACAAAGCAAAAUUUUGAAAGUUAUUAGAAAGAAUCUGGUUAAAAAAUGCUUAGAACUCUUCACUGAACUCGCAGAGGAUAAGGAAAACUACAAAACAUUUUAUGAACAAUUCUCUAAAAACAUUAAGCUUGGAAUCCCUGAGGAUUCUCAGAACAGGAAGAAGCUCUCCGAGCUGCUGAGAUACACCUCUGCCUCUGGUGACCAGACGGUUUCUCUCAAGGAUUACUGCACACGCAUGAAGGAGAAUCAGAAACACAUCUACUACAUCACAGGUGAGACCAAGGACCAAGUGGCCAACUCUGCGUUUGUGGAGCAGCUCCGGAAGCACGGCCUGGAGGUGAUCUAUAUGAUUGAGCCCAUCGACGAGUACUGCGUCCAGCAGCUCAAAGAGUUUGAGGGCAAAACCCUGGUGUCUGUCACCAAAGAGGGCUUGGAGCUUCCGGAAGAUGAAGAGGAGAAAAAGAAGCAGGAGGAGAAAAAGACAAAAUUUGAAAAUCUUUGCAAGAUCAUGAAGGACAUCCUGGAGAAGAAAGUGGAAAAGGUGGUUGUCUCCAACCGACAGGUGACGUCCCCCUGCUGCAUUGUCACGAGCACAUACGGCUGGACAGCGAACAUGCAAAGAAUCAUGAAAGCUCAGGCCCUGAGAGACAACUCCACCAUGGGCUACAUGGCAGCCAAAAAGCACCUGGAGAUCAACCCCCACCACUCGAUCAUCAAGACCCUGCGGCAGAAGGCCGAGGCCGACAAGAACGACAAGUCUGUGAAGGUCCUGGUGAUCCUGCUGUACGAGACGGCGCUGCUGUCCUCGGGCUUCAGCCUGGAGCACCCCCAGACCCACGCCAACAGAAUCUACAGGAUGGUCAAGCUCGGGCUCGGUAUCGACGAAGAUGAGCCCGCUGCCGACGAGAGCAGCCCCGCGGUCACCGGGGAGAUGCCCCUCGAGGGGGAUGAUGACAGCUCCCACAGGGAGGAAGUGGACUGA